AUGGCGGCUGAAGUCCGCCGCUCUAACGGCACGCGCCUUGAUGCGUCCCUCGGCAUCACUGAGCGCAUUGCGCCGAGUAUGGUCGCUUGGACUGGAGACAUGCGCAAAAGAUACACCGACUUCCAAGUCUACGAAAUCAACAAAGAUGGUUCCGUCCUCCACCUCACAGAAACUCGCCUUCCCCCGCCGCCAAAGGAGACCACGCCGCCUCCACCAGCACCUCCUGCACCCGCUGUUCCCGUAGUAGAAGAGAAGAAGGGAGAAGAAGAGCCGAAGCCAGAAGAGCCAUCGAAAGAUGGAGAAGCCGCCGAGAAGCCCGCCGCGGCCAUCCCCGAAGUCCCCGCUGAGGACAUUGCCCUCCUCGCCUCCCUCACAAACGACGACUUCGCCAACCAGCUCGUCACCAUCUACAAGACGAUAUCCGCUGACAAGAUGGCCAAAACCGAGCCCGUCACAUCCCCCAUCAUGGACGACAAGGACAAGCGCUCCCAGCUCCACCAAAACGUCCGCCGCAUCUUCAACUCCACCAUCGACACCACCACCGAUCCCACGGGCGCUAUCGUCGCCCGAGUCCCGCCCCCUCGCGGCAAGGGCAAGGGCAUGCGUGGCGGCCGCGACAACAACAACAACCGCGAGAACAACAAACAGAAGAAGAAGCAGCCCAAGGCCGUGGCCCCCGGCGAGGGCGAGUACCUCCACUUCACCCUCUACAAGGAGAACCGCGACACCAUGGACGCCCUGCACCAAAUCUCCAAGGCCCUCCGCAUCAAACCCCAGGCCAUCGGCACCGCAGGCACAAAAGACCGCCGCGCCGCCACCACGCAGCGCUGCUCCGUCCGCGGCCAGCGCGCCGAUGCCCUCCUUCGCGCCCGCCUCUUUGGCGUCACCGUCGGCGACUACCGCUACGCCCACUCGCCCAUCCACCUCGGCGCCCACAGGGGCAACGAGUUCGUCAUCGCCCUCAAAGACUGCCUCGUCGCCGGCAACCCCGACCUUCCCCCCGCCGACCGCUCCUCCCAGAUCCGCGCCUCCGUCGAGGCCGCCAUGGCGAGCAUGCACAACCCGGGCUGGAUAAACUACUUUGGCCACCAACGCUUCGGCACCCACGCCAUCGGCACCCACGAGGUAGGCCGCCUCCUCCUGCAGGGCGACUUUGAAGCCGCCGUCAACGCGAUCCUCUACUACGACGAGUCCAUCGCCCAGCGCGCCCUCGCGGGCGAAGUCCCGGACCAGGGUCACGCCCGCGACGAGCUGAACCGCCACCGCGCCUGCAAGGUCUUCCGCGACGGCGGCUCCGCAGAGGAAGCCCUCUCCCACCUGCCCCGCCGCUUCUCCGCCGAGGCGAGCCUCAUCCGCCACCUCGGCCGCUCCACCGCCCCGUCCCGAAGAGACUUCACCGGCGCCCUCACGAGCAUCACCCGCGGCCUGCGCAACAUGUACCUUCACGCCUACCAGUCCUACGUCUGGAACCACGCAGCAAGUCACCGCUGGCGUCUGUAUGGCAAGAACGUAGUCAAAGGCGACCUCGUCCUCGAGUCUUCCUCCGCCGAUGCAGACGCAGACGCGGACAACGAAGGAGGAGACGACGACGCAGACUCCUCCUCCGCCCCAGCCCGCGCCCUCACCGCCGAAGAAGCCGCCUCGGGAACCUACACCAUCCACGACAUCGUCCUCCCCUCCCCGGGCCACGCCGUGGCCUACCCCACCAACGCCAUCGGCGAAUUCUACACAACCUUCAUGCGCGACAACGGCGGCCUCGACCCGCACGACAUGCUCCGCCGCCACCGCGAAUUCAGCCUGCCGGGAGCGUACCGCAAGGUCGUCGUGCGCUUUCUCUCGGAACCCAGCUUCGAGGUCCGCGCGUACGAGGACGGCGAGGAGCAGAUGCAUCCCACCGACAUGGACCGCAUCCGCGCAGCAGCUGGGCGUGGCGGGAACGGGAAGAAGCGGGGCCGUCAGGAGGAUGAGAACGCCGGGGAUCAAGAUGCGGCGAAGAAGGUCAAGACCGAGGCGGGUGCGGCUGGAGUGGAUGGCGAAGCUACGGCGGAUGAGCCGAUGCAAGACGCGCCGGCACGGACCUCGGAACCGAAGCAGGAGCAAGAGCCGGAGCAGCAAGCGGAGACCACCGCCGCCGAUCCGAACGGUACCCCGUCGACCCCCGAAAAGACAAAGACGGCCGUCGUGGUCACCUUCCAGCUCCCCAAGAGCGCCUACGCCACCGUCGCGCUGCGGGAACUGAUGGGCGUCGACGAGUCCGAAGUCGCCGCGGCUCCUACGGCUGCCCCCGCUGCCCCUGCUGCUGUCAUCACUGAUACUACCGCUGCUGCCCCCGAGGCUGCCGAGGUACCAGAGACUUCCAAGACUACGACUGCGGAAUCAUGA